CAGGACGUCGAGGAAAUCCCGGAACUACAAAGCUCAGAGUUUGGACAUGUAGCGCAGAGGACCCAGCUCCCCGUGCCAAGCGUUUAUUACCCACUUAUUACCAGCACUGUGCCACUUUUUACAGCUCGUUGUGGAUAAAAAGACUUGGCUGGGGAUGGCCGCUACGCCUCCGCCCCAGUCCUCGUUCCAUAUGCGCUCCACAGACCUCAUUGCCCGGGAACCUCUGGACUACGGGGGCUUCGGGGAGGUUUACCUGUGUUAUCACGUGACUCUGGGGCAGGUGGUGCUGAAGACCAUGUACACUGGACCUCUGCGCAACGAAGACAGGAAGCGCUCUCUUCUGGAGGAGGGCAUCAUCAUGGCCAGUCUGGACCACGAGCGCGUCGUCAAACUGCUCGGCGUCAUCAUGGAGGACAGAGACUGCUCUUUGGUCAUGGAACUUCUGCCCCGAGGAAACCUGCUGGUCAUGUUAGAGGAGGUUUCUGUCCCGAUGUCGUUAAAGGCCAGAAUCAUCUUGGAAAUCCUGGAGGGAAUGGUGUAUCUGACCGAGAGGAACAUCCUGCAUAAAGACAUCAAACCAGAGAAUAUUUUAGUGGACAAAGACUUUCACAUCAAGAUUGCAGAUUUGGGGCUGGCCACGUGUCAAACCUGGUCCAGACUGACUAAAGAGGAGUCUCGCAGGAGGAGUCAGAUGGGACGGUCACGUGGGGCUCGGGGGGCUGGGACCCUCAGCUACAUGGCCCCAGAGCACCUGGAGAGUAUCCACACGGUGUCCACAGAGAAGUCUGACGUGUACAGCUUCGCCAUCGUCCUCUGGGUCGUCCUCACAGGAGAAGAGCCGUACGCAAACGCCAGAAGUGAAGACCACAUCAGUCAGUGUGUGCGAAACGGGAACCGCCCCGACGAGGACCUGAUCCCACACGACACGCCUCUGGAGAUCAUAGACCUGAUGAAGAGGUGCUGGGAUCCAGACCCGCACCAGCGACCCACGUUCAGAGAGGCCUAUCACAUCUUCCAGCCUCUGUACGAAGAACACUUUGAACGACACGUGGAGAACGAUGUAACUGAAGUCCAAAAAAAGUACGAGGGUCCAGAGGAGCUCGUGGAAAAGAUGAGAAGUCUCUCCAUUUCUCACGGAUGCUCUUUAACAGAUUCUCCAGCUCCGCUACUGAGCUCAGACAGCAGCGUGUCCGGCCCGGUUGAAGCCAGCAUCGAAGACCUCCACCACAUCCAAAACGACUCCACGGAAGACCAAAUCGAAACCGACGCCCGAGCCCCCGACGGCCCCUCGCAUUUAGAAGAGAAGUUAGACCGAGAACUUCAGUACCACAAACACGGGAGCUACAACUGCCACUCGGAAGUCCCCAACGGAUACCAACCCAGUGCCGCCACGCCUCACGUACAACCAUCCCCCUUCAGUAUAAGACAACCGGAGCAGGACAAACCGCUCACAGGGUCUUCCGUUCAGUCUUGGACCAAAGAUUCAACCAGUCAAGAGGAGACGCGCUAUUGGCCCUCUGCUGGUUAUGACUCAAUGACUACCCCCAGCCUCCACCCGUCUCACCUGUCCUCCAGCUCGCCGUCCCUCUCCGCGCUUAACCCACAGCACGCCCACAUCGACCGGCAGCAGUCCUGGCCGCUCUUCCCGGUGUCGGACAGCGCCGCUCCGGACCUGACCUCCGGGAGACUGUUGUCUUCUAAGGGCAGCUCCAUCCAGGAUCAAGGUUCUCUGUUCAUCCAAAAUGCAAGCGGGAUCCAAAUCGGCAACAACAACACGCUAAGUAUCCGCGGUUACGACUCUAGUUUAUCGACUCUGUGUAACGGCGGCGCGUGCACAUCCAUCAGAGACGUCAUUCAGAAAUAUGAGGACUGUCCCGUGAUGGAGGAGCAUUUGGAGGUGCUCAGAGACAACAUCGGGGCCAAUUGGAAGCGUUGUGCUCGGAGGUUGUGUCUGAACGAAGUGGAGAUCGAAACCAUCGAGCUGGACAACAAUCGAUACGGCGUUCCCGAGAUGGUGCACCAGAUGCUGGAGAAGUGGAAGAUGAAGGAAGGCCGGCUCGGGUGUACCAUCGGGAAGCUUUGCCGAGCCUUGGAAGGGAAAGUAAACAUAGAUGUGAUCCAGAGAAUUCUAGAGCUUUGUGAAGCGUCCUCGUGAACUUUUUCGAUGGAUGUGCGGAGAAAACGGGAAAACGAAACACAGCGUCUUUCCAAAAUCAGUGUCGUUAUGAUAUUGUUGCCAGAUUUGUCCAUUUUCCUCUGUUCCGAGUACAGGUGUCUUCGUCUUAUACAUGUUCUGGUGUCAGGGUUGAUUUAACGAAUGCUACGUGUCAUAAAUGAAAUGAAUUUUAUGAAUCUUUACAGUGUCACUUCUUUAUUUUAGUUUCUUUACAUCACACGUUGGAUUAUACCAGAGGUGUUCAUUACGUCGAGGCAUUUUGAGUAGAUCACGUCCCGUCAUCCAUCCAGUCACAUGACUAAUAUACAGGACAGUCAGGUCACACCUGACCCCAGGUCACAUCAUGGACACUGCAUAAACAAGCGCGAGUUUAACCCUAUAGCGUCGGGUCCUCUCGUCGCAGAUGGAGCAGGUUGCGGACUUUCCAGCAGCGUAACUCCGCCCAGUCGUGCUUCAUGUAAAUUCAAACGGCGUCUCAAAGUGGAGACAUGGGGCUGUCUCAAUAUUUUACCGUCAUUACGGUAAAUGAGAGCGCGGGGCUGCGGGGAUUUUCACUCAUUUAUUCGAUGCGUAAAAGAAAAAAUACGGAUGGAUGUGUAAAAUAGAAGUAGUUGUGUGAAAAAAUGCAGUAAAUUCUGAUACUUCGUUUAACAUGAUUUUUAUGGCUAUAAAAAAAAGACAAAACCGUAAUCAACAUGAUUAUCUCUGUUAUCACUUUCAAACGAAAAAUGCAAUUUUACUCGUGUCUGUCAGAAGCUUCUGCCCGAACUCUGCAUCACUGAUUCUGUUCAGAGUCAGAGCAGAAAUCAUCAUCCAAGUCAUUAUGAACAUGUGAGAAGUUCAGUUGUUGUGCAGUAUUAAAGGUACAUGAAAAUACACUGUACAUGUGAGAAUUCAUAAUACAUUUACAAAUAAAUAUGUGUUUAACAUGUUUGUAUUAGGUGGUAGAUCUUUCAGACUCGAUCAUUUUAAAAGUAUCUCACAUACUGAGAAAGUCUGAGCACCUCUGGAUUAUACGCUCAUUUCCAAACAGUUGUGGAAGAAUUACUCCAUUUUUGAACUUCAGUAAAAGUACAGAUACUGGAGCAAAAAAAUCACGUGAGAAUAUCUACUCGUGCUGGUUUAAAAAUGUACUUUAAGAGUAAAAAGUAAACACACAUGCAGAUUAUGACCGGAUCAAUGUUUUUUUAGUUUUAAUUUGUGGUUUUGUUUUUUUUUGCUCAAACUACAAAUAUGUUAAAAAUAAACUCUCGGUGUUUUCAGCGGGUUUCAAACAGUAAAAAUAUAAAUACUUUUGUUUUUCAGUCCUGUUUGAAGUACAGAUACUGCUAUCAAAUGUACUGCAGUAAAAGUAAAACGUAUCCACUUUAAAAUGUACUAAAGUGAAGUACAGAUACCUAUAGUUUGUACUUGUACUUCAUUACCUUCCACCACUGUGUCCAAGUAAAUUUGGUAUCAGGACGCAGAAUAAAGUGUAAAUAUGUGAUGUUUAAAAUGAUUUAUUCUGUAACUUUGACACAAACUACAACAAGUUAAAACAUAUUUUUUUUCAGCUCUUUGUUCACUCGAGUCACUUGUUAAGCCGCACAUCGUCGUAUGGACUCAAGUUUAGUUUAGGACGCUCUAAAGACAAACUGCGACGUUAUGUAAACACUAUUUUAAUCAGAAUAAUGUGAGAUGACAAACUGCAGACCAGACGUGGGUCGAGUAUCCAAAAAUAUGACUCAAGUGUAACGUGACUGUAAAAUAGUAAAAGCAGAAGUUAAAUCUGUCGAGUGGACAAAACGUGGAAGGAGUGAAACGUUUUGUCCAGUUCACAGAUUUAACUUCAGCUUUGACAGGAUCAGACCUGGACGACUGAAAGACACAGACAAUAAUUUAAAAUAAUGUUAUUCAAGCAAAAGUACAAAGUAGUAGUUAAAAAAUGACAAUUGAGGGAAACUACUCAAGUAAGAGCAGAGUCAGGACAUCGGUUUUAUAAUCUGAACCUUAUUUAAUUGUAAAGAUAUAAACUUAUAAAAGCACAAACGACAAAUGAGAAAAACUUACUGUAUUUUCUGGAGUAUAAGUCGCACCAGCCAAGAAAUGCAUAAUAAUGAAGAAACAAACAUAUAUUUCACAUAUAAGUCGCCCCGACGGCCAAACUAUGAAAAAAAGUGUGACUUAUAGUCCGGAAAAUACAGUAAAUAUAUCAGCUUUACUCAAGUAAGAGUACUUUUACUUCAAACUAAAUAUUACUCCAGCAGAAGUAAAAGUACACAGUCCAAGAACAUUACACAUUUUUAGAGUGAAGAUGUUUCUCUGCUCGUCCAAGUCUCUUCUUCUUCAGUUGUGGUCAGAUUCCUGCUGGACACUGCCUUAUAUCUGUCUGAAGGAGGCGCUAACGACACUGAAGCUAAAAACACCUGUUUGUUUACAGUUUGUGUUUGUUGCUCGGUCUGUUGAUCUGUGCUAAGUGUGAACUGUGCCUCAGUCAUAGAUUGUAUAAACGUUCAGGCCCAUAAUGACUGUCCUCACACCUAUUAGCAUACUGGCUAUUAGCAUACUGGCUAUUAGCGCACUGGCUGUUAGCGCACUGGCUAUUAGCACACUGGCUGUUAGCGCACUGGCUGUUAGCGCACUGGCUGUUAGCACACUGGUUAGCACUAUUGUUUUCCUGGUUUUGAUUGAGGUGAAGUUGAUCAUAAACAGGAGAGAAAUAAAGUCUAAGAUCCACUCAUGUUCAGAGAUGGACUGUGUCUUUCUUAACAAAAAUUGCCUCUUUAACUCCUCAAACCAUUUCUUCAAAGAAAGACAAUGUCCAGCAGCAGUAAUCUGACCAGAACUGAAGAAGCCAAACAUUUUCACUUUUUAUCCAGUUUACUCUGGAUCACACAGACGCCACAAGAACUUGAGUUUGUGAGCAGCACCACCUCUGAGGCUGGUGUUUGGAACGAGCCUGUGACUGUUUGUUUUAUAUGUCCCUUUUC